AUGAGCAUAUGUUUUGAAUUAUUAUUGACGGAGUAUAUUGGCGCACUAACGGGGCCCGGAUGUACCCAUCUCCAGAUCUAUCAUGUGAUUCAGACGGUCCGAAACUCUGGAUCUAGCAGGACUGUUUUUGUAUCUUUUGGGGGCGAACGAACUGAUUGUGACCUUGUGGCAAAAGAGAUCCAAUGUGAUCAAGAGCCCUAUUUUAAGGGUUCGCUUCACAGGCCUUAUGCUCCGUUGCAUUAAUUCUUAAGCCUUCCUCGAGCGUUAAUUCCCGACCCCUUCGUUUUCCAUUGGAUCUCCCUCUCCCACACACGGACGCGCGCGCACGUGCACACGGACUGAUGGGGUUUUUGUCCUGGUGGAGGGGGAAGCGAGGCACCGCCGCGACGGGCGGCGCUGCGGCCGCCGUCUCAAAUCCAGAGCCUUCGGCUCCGCCCACAGGAAAUGCCGCCGCAAUGAACGGGGCGGUGGAGGUGCGGCGGCCAUCGGACGUGACCGUGUUCGAGUUCGGGUCGGCGAUGGCCUCCGGCGAUGGGGUGACGCUGGCCGGGUACUGCCCGGUCUCCGACGAGCUCGAGCCGUGCCGGUGGGAGAUCCUCCCAGCUACCGGUUCCGUUGCCCCUCAGUUCCGGGUACUCUUCUGAUUGAUGGGCACCAGAACUCCGAAAGAGAUUCUAUGGAUCAUAAUCAAAUUGCACCUGCAUUUAAAAGGGAGACCAAUUGCACUUCAUGACUAAAACAGCCUGGAGAAAGGAGAAAGAAGAACAAAAAGGUAAUGGCGAC